AUGUCGCGACGACCGAGCGAGGGCGCGAACCCGCUGUGGGAGACGCUGCGGCGAAGCGUGACCUCGCCCGCGUCCGCGGCGUCGUCGAGGGAGCGAACGCGGGCGCGAACGCCGGACGAGAGGGAGGAUCAACGCGCGCGCGCAUCGGGACGGUACGACGCGAUCGACGAGCGGUCGGGCGAUGUGGGGGAGGAACGAUCGAGGAUGACGCGCGUCGCGCGGGGUGGAGGGGUGGCGCGACGAACGGAGCGAUCGCCGGCGAGGAGCGAGACGAGCGAGCGGUAUUACGACCGGGACAGCCGGGACGGCGGAGGCGGACGGCGUCUGGAGCGGGAUCGAACGCCGCCGUCGAGGUAUGAUGACGCGCGAGGGAUGCGCGCGACGUCGUUGAGAGGUGCCGGGAUCGAGCGAGGGCCCGAUGGGGAGACGUUCGACGCCGGGUACUACAAGCAACGCGUGGCUCGUUUGGAGGAGAAAGUCGCGAAGGAACAGCAAAAGGUGAAAUCGACGGUGAAGUACUACGAGGAACAGUUCGAGGUGCAGGCGAAAAAGCUCGCUGAGAAGCACGAGGAGGAGCUCAGGGGGGCGAGCGAGGAGGCGGUGAAGCUCAGAACGCAGGUGGAGUGGCUGAACAAGGCGCAAGAGUCGCUCAAGGCUGAACGGGCGGCGCGAGAAGAGUUGGAGCAAGAGGUCCGCGCGUUGCGUUUGAAGGCUGAGGCCUCCUCGACCUCGGACGCCGAGGCUGAGAUCGUGUCUCUCAAACAAGCGAACGAAGAGGCGAUGAAACGCGUCCAGGCGGCCGAGGAGGAGUUGAAAGGGGUGCGGGAAAAGGCGUUUUCCGCCGAAGCCAAGAUGGGAAACGCUGAUCCCGCCGAGAUUUCGCUCUUACAGACGCAAUUGGACAACGAGAAGGAACAGCGCUCAAUCGCAGAGGCGAACCUCGAGAGCUUAAAGCAGCAGGCCAUCGAUCCAGUAGAAAUGAACUUGUUGAAGAAGCAGCUCAGCGAGACGGAGACAAAGGUUGCGAAUCUUCAAGGCGAGCUCGAGCGCGCCAAGGAAGAUAAGGAGGCGGCUGAUCACGUCAGGCAAAGAUUAGACGUCACCGAAAAGCUCGUCUACGAGCUUAAGGCCAAGGCUCUUCGGGUCGAUGAACUCGAGCGCACAAGUAUGGACGCGGCGAAGGACAAAGAACAGCUGCGCAAGGCAUACGACAAGAUUCAGGAUUUGACAAGCAAGUUGCUCUCUAUGACGAGCGAGAAGGACGUACUGGUGUGUCAAAGCGCUCAGCAGGUGCACGUGGAGGCACAGCUCGAACAGACUAGAACUGAGCUGACCCGCAUGAAGAACGAAGUGCACAUAGCAAACGUGGACAGAUCGAACACCGAGAUGAACUUUAAAAACGUCGUGGACGACAUCGCUCGCGCUCUGCGCGAAUACGUCAUGAGCGCUAUACGCUGGGAAGGGCGCAUGUUGAAUGAAAUCAAUGAAGCCCACGAAGAGCACGCGGAAGUCCGACGCCAGACAAUGAAUCUGGUACAGGUCGCUGAAGCUGACGCACAGCGAGUACUUCGGGAGUCCAUCACCGCAGUGAACGACGCUCGUCACGCCUUACAAGAGACCCAUAGGCGUACCGAAGACAUCAUUGAAGAUGCUAUUCGCUCUGAACGUCUUUGGCAUUCCGAAGAAACGAAGACCAUGCGCAUCGAACUUGUCGAGGCGGAGCGAAGAGUGUCCAAUGCAAACACUCAGAUCGACGACUUGUCUGAACAGUUGCGCCAAAUGCGCAUCGAUUUACACUUGGCCAAAGAUGCUCACGCUGCACUGGCCGCAACGAGCUCGGUACCUUCCAUGGUGGACACGGCACGAGAUUAUGGAAGCGACGAUGCGCGCUCCAGCGGCGAAAACAAGGAUGCAGAGAAAAUGCGCCAAGAGUUGCGCGUUACUCAGUUCCAGCUGCUUGCACUCAAGGCUCGUCUCCAAUUUCAGAUUGAUCCCGAGGUAAGAGAUCUCGAAGAGAAACUGCAAUUUAUGCGAGAAGAGCGCGACGAUGUGCCAGAGAUUAUUGCAGCUCGCGGAUUUGACUUGGCAGAGGUUACAGCGCUUCAGGACGAGCUUGAGCGGUGCAAAGCUCAAAUCGAGAGGCUCGAGUCCGAGAAAAAGAACCGUACCGCAUCGCUGAGAGAAGACUAUCUUGAGCAAGCUCUCGCGGAUGCUCGAUCAGAGCUCGCGGCGAGGGAACAGUCUCUUCUAAAACUACGAAAAGAGCAAUUAAACGCGCUCGAUGAGGCUACUGAAGACAUGGAGUCGCACGUGCGAAUCAAGAUGACUGAAUUGCGCGAAGAGCUCAUACUUGCCCAGGCACAGCGAGAGCAGUCACGUGAUGAGUUGAAUCGGGCUCAGGACGAGCUCGUCAUCGCUCGCAGCGAACGUGACGACGCGAUCACGAAUGUGCAGUCCAUGCAAGAAGAACUCGCAGAGAUGCGCCAAACCAUUUCCGAGAUGACAUCGUCGCGAAGUGAAAUCAUGACGGUUGGAAAGGAAGAGGUUCGACUGCGCGAGGACGAGUUGGAUGCGGUUCGCAGAGAGCUUAGUAACAUUCGAUCUCAAAAGGACGACGCUCAGUACGCCCUCGAUGAAAUGAAGAGUCGACUCCUCGACACCGAGUCGAGAUUGGCGGAGGUUCAGGAGAGGAAGCGACUUUUGGAGGCCGAUCGAUCCCACCAGUCGAAGACCGUGAACGAGCGAAACAAGCUGGAAUGCAAGGUUCUCGCUCUACAGGCCGAACGCGACGAGACGCAAACGAAGCUCGAACAAGUCAUCCUCUUGAGAGAGCAACUCGAAAACGAGAACAAGAUUCUUCUCUCCAAGUUGGAGCAAUCUGACGAGGCUCUCAAGUCAACGGUGGCGCAGAACGAUUCUGAGCUGUCAGCGGCAAAUCAGACCAUCGCCUCGUUGAGAGAGCGAGUGGAGGAGGUCGAAAACGAACUCGUUUCGGCGCAAGAUGCAUUCAAGCGUGCAAGCGUCGACAGAGACGUCGCGAACAGUACGCUCGCACAAGCCCGCGAGGCUCUGGACGCACGCGAAGUCGAGCUCAAGCUCGCCGAAAAGGAGGGUAUCGAUAAGGAGAACCAGUGUCGAGAAGUCACGGAGGCUCUGCGUUCGACGCAGCUCGCUCAUAAAGAAACUCAGAGUGAACUCGAAAAGAUGGAAGCCGAACUCAUCAACUUGGCCGAAGUUGUCGAGCACGGAGAAGACUCGAUCGAAAAAUUGAAGAGCGAAAUCGAACGGAAAUCGAAAGCCCUCGAACAAGCUCAAGCGCUUAUGGACGAGAAAACGAAGAUCUCGGUCGAGCUUGAGGCCGAGAGAGACGUGGCUAAUGAAUUGUUGAUUGAGGUGCGGCAGUCUCUUGCAGAUUCUCAGGCCGAGGUGCAGCUCAGCGAGGCGUAUUUGCAAAAUGCGACCGCGGCGGUUGAGAAGCAUCGCGUCGAACGGGAUGGGUUGGCUCGCGCUCUCGAAGAGUCAAAUGACAUGGUGCAAGCGGCAGAGGCUCAGCUCCAAGCUAUGUCGGCGCAGCUCGCCGAACUAUACCAAGAAGUCGAGGAGUAUAGAAGCAUGGAGACUACCGAGAAUGCGGAGCUCAAGGAGACGCAGGACGCGUUGGACGCGGUUCUAGAAAAGUUCCAACUCUUGCGAGAUCAUCACGAAGACCUCAAGGCUGAGGUGAGCACAGCGCUUGACGCUCGAGAGCGCGACAAGGUGGAACAUAGGAACAUGAUAGCACAACUCAACAGCGAUUACGAAGAUCGUCUUUCAACUUUACAGCUCAGUUCCAACUCGGAUAAGGGUGCUCUGCUUGUCGAGCUUCUCGACAUCCUCAGCGAUGUCGUGUCGGCGAACGAAGACGCACAGCUCGCUGGAGACGACACCGAGGCGAGAACAGAGGCACAGUACGCUAAGAAGGACGCUCCUCCGCCGAACGAGGAAGCCGUCGCAGCUCUUACGCGCAUAAAGUCCUCGCUUGAGUCAUACAAGCGCCAAAUCCGUGAAAACAUGGGCCCGAAGGAUGACGUCGCGAUGGAAGCCGUUCGAACAAGUCUACGUCUCCGCGUCUUCGUUCUCGAGAGUCUCAUGGAUCUGGUCUCACAACGCUCUCGAGUCGGCGCGUACAAGGGCCAAACCGAGGCAGCGACACGUGCAGAGGCUUUCAUGGGCGCCAACGUUCGAACGGAGGAUCCACCCGAUCAGGACGUCGUCAAGAAGCGCUCGCUCCUCGGCUUUGCCCCCAAUGUUAACAUCGGUCUCAAACUAUUCGGCCCGAAGCAUCGGUGA